UAUAAUUUAUGCUUAUGUACAUGGAAAAACGGAUGAUGACUGGAAUUUGCAGAUUCUGCAUAAUAGUGACAUGCAUUCGAGAUUUGAACAGAUAAGGUCGACGUCAUCAGAGUGCUUUCCUUAUUAUACUUCUAAACAAGGCAAAUGUUACGGAGGAUUCGCGCGAAUUGCGACACUAGUGCGUAAAGCAAAAAAUUCGACGAUACCGACGUUAUUUUUGAACGCCGGUGAUACAUAUCAAGGAACGGUAUAUUAUACCGUACAUAAAUGGAAAAUAGUUUCGAAAUUUCUCAAUCUUUUGAAGCCGGAUGCGAUUUCUUUAGGAAACCAUGAGUUUGAUGACGGACCCGAGGGAUUGGUGCCGUUUAUCAACGCAGCAGAGUUUCCCAUUGUCACGAGCAAUUUGGACCUCACUGGGGAGCCAGAGCUGGCAGCCGCGACGAAGCUAAGCAACAGCACUGUUAUCACAGUUGAUGGCAGAAAAGUCGGUAUUAUAGGAUACUUGACGCCCGAGACAAAAGUAAUCUCGAGUCCUGGGAAAGUUGUCUUUCUCGACGAGGUUGAGUCCGUCAGACGGGAAGUUGAUAAACUCCGAGCCGAUAAUGUGACAAUAAUAAUAGCACUCGGUCACUCGAGUUUUGAUGCUGACAAAAAAAUAGCCGCUGAAGUCGACGGCGUGGACUUGGUUAUUGGCGGUCAUACAAACACUUUUCUCUACAGCGGACGCAAACCCGAUUUGGAAGUACCUGAGGGACUGUACCCCACCGAAGUUAUUCAAAAAAACGGACGUAAGGUUUACGUUGUCCAGGCUUACGCUUACACCAAGUAUCUCGGGAAUCUCUCGAUUACUUUCGACGCUGCCGGAGAGAUUCGCAGCAUCCUUGGAAAUCCUAUUCUCGUAACCAGCGACAUUGAACAAGCUCCCGACAUUCUCCAUGAACUCGAAGCAUGGCGACCUACCGACGAGCUUCUGACCAAUACACCAUUAGGCUUCACCAAAGUCUCUCUCGACGGCGAUAAGAAACGUUGCCGUAGCCGAGAAUGUAACUUCGGUAAUCUUAUCACUGAAGCCAUGGUUGAUUACAAUGCAAAGCAGUAUUUAACCGGAUUCGGGUGGACUGAUGCUUCAAUUGCUAUCAUAAACAGCGGAAUCAUUAGAAAAUCCAUCAAUAAGGCCCUUGACACUCCUGUCACAAUGAAAGACGUACUAGAGUCAUUACCAUUUUAUAAUGCCAUAGUCAAAGUAAAAAUGACCGGCAAUGUUAUUUUCGAGAUGCUAGAACACAGCGUCGAUGCAUUAGUCUGUAAAAAAACAUGUCCCAUUACUGGACGAUUUUUACAGUUUUCUGGUCUUACCGUAAUUUAUAAUAUAUCACAGCCACAAGGUCACAGAGUUGUCCGCGACUCAGUAUUUGUGCUGUGCUCAAAAUGUCGUACGCCAAUUUAUGAAGUGAUUGAUCCAAAUAAAACAUAUACUAUUCUUAUGACAGAUUAUUUGCUGAAUGGAGGGGAUGGUUACAAAAUGUUGAGAAAUUUAACAUGGACUAAUACAGGAGUAACAACGGAUCAAAUUUUAGUAUAUUAUUUAAUAAAUAAAAGCCCUGUUUUUCCGAUAAUAGACAACAAAAUAAUGUUUUUUGUUAAUGACAAUAACAACAGUAUUCCGAACAACAUGUGCAAUUUCACACUCAUUACUUUAUCAGUUUUUAUACUUUUAUAUUGUAUUACCUAA